AGUUACACCUCGUAAGAUACAUUUCACUUUUCAGACAAACUCCAAAGUCCAAAGCUCAUACAAAAACCUCCACAAAGACCACUUCCUUCUACUACUACUGGUCUACUACUCCUCCUCAAACAAAUCAAAAGCAAGUGUUUGAUUACCGUAAACCUAAUCUCCGGUGACAAUGAUGGUAGAAACUUCACCGGACUGGCUUCCCCCUGGCUGGACCCGAGAGUUCAGAUUCCAAAAGACCGGUCGCCAAAUCACGCAAUAUGUGAAUCUGGCAAGCGGUCAGAGGUUCUUUACCAAGGAUGAUCUUCUCCGAUAUACCAAAAUGGAAAGCAAACGAUGUGAUUACAAGGUGCCAACUUUAAGGAAAAAUGUAACGUCAUCUGCAAACGAUCAAGCGGUUGUAAAUGUGACUGCUGUAAAAGAAAAUAAACGUCUGGAUUGGCUACCUAAGGAUUGGCUCGUGGAGGUAAAAACCCGAAAGAGUGGUUUAACUUUUGGAAGACAAGACAAGUAUUACACCGAUCCAGUCAGCAGUUAUGUUUUUCGCUCGAAAACUACUGUUCUUCGCUAUCUAGAAACUGGAGAGAUUGCUGAAACUGCUUUUUUACCAAAGAAAGACAACGAUGGCCGGUUUUUAACUAAUGCAGAUGAAUCACAACUCCCAGCAGCUAAAAGGAAGAAAGUGAAACAUCUUGCCGACGGGCGGGAGCUCGCAAUAGGUGGGGAGACAUCUGAUAGGAGAAACUUACCCGACCUAGAUACCGAGACCUUCGAGAAAGGACAAAGUAAUGAUGACUAUGAUGAAAAUGAAACGGAAAAGAAGAGCAGCAUGGACUCUAAGAUUUCGUGUGAAUCUAAGAAUAAGAAAGUGCUUGAUUUGCCUCAAGGGUUAUCGAAUCAGCUUGAUCAGCUUGAUUCUAAGCAGGUGGCUAGUGGCCUUGAACAUGUGAAGCCAUGCCAAAGUGAAGCCAUUGGUUCAUGUGUUUUAGAUGACAAAUCACAUCUGCGGUUAAACGUUCAUUCCAAUCCAGAGGUAGCAAAGCAAGCCUAUGCUUCAACAAUUAAAUCACAUUGUGGGCUAACGGAGAAGAUUAUAAAGCCGAUUGAAGAAGAAGAUAAUCUCGGAAAGCAGCCACAAAAGUUGGAGGCUGAGAAGACCAGUGACAGUAAAUCAGAAGUACAGGCUUUGCUUUCUUCAGAGCAAUGUCAAGAACUUACAAUGAAGACUCUUAAAGGUGGGGUACAACCACAUGAGGAUGCUGCCGAUGAAGGUCUUGUUUCAACUCCAGCUUCGAGUGUCCUGCAAGAGAAGAAUCGACGUAAAACGAGAAUGGAAAGCAAGAGAAUCAAUGUGGAAACUAAGAACUCGAGCAAGUUCAAGAAGAUGAAAGAGCAUGACACGACUCAUCGAUUUUCAACACCACUUGCUGUUCUUGAACAAGAGCAGGUUGCCAACGAAGUACAACAUUUCUUCUGCUCCGAUCCAUGCCUAGAAUUCGCAAUCAAGACUCUUACGGGUGCAAUACCAUUAGAGGAUGCUAUCAGUGAAGGGCUCGUUAAAACGUCCAUUGCUAACGUCCAGCAACAGAAGAGUCUAAUUGAAACAAGAACUGAACAUAGCAGCUGUAAGAAAACUCUUUUUAGCUCAGUUGGGUAUGAAAAUAAAGAUGCGGGUUUGCAACAAGGAUCUUCAAAACAACUUGUUGGGCACGCAACUGAGCUGGUGGCAAAGUCUUUGUCCAAUGAACAAAUUCUUGAUUUUGCAGCUGGAAAGAUUUAUGAUAGCAAAACCAUUCGAUAUGUGGAUUUGACAGUGAAAUCAUCAAGCAAGAGCAAAGAGCCUCAUAAAAACCAAACCGUUCCCGCACAAACGAAUGACAAGAAUCCAGGGAAGCCAUCAGCAAUUCCAUUUGGGAGCUCUUGGUCUGAUUGGUCUGAUUCUUUCUUCGAGUCGCCUUUCAAGAUUCUCGCAAGUUCUAGUCUCGCAGAGAAUACUUUUUCUUUUCAGAGUAACUUCCACCAAUCUUUUGGUGGAUAUGGAAACUUUGCACCGCCCACGGGGCAAUCUGUUCAGCAACAACAAUUCCCUUUGAAUCCUCCAUCCCUUAGCUUACCUAAAAGCAGCACUACUGCUGCUAAAAAAUCUUACAGGAAGGGCAAAAAGAAAUUAUCGGACAAGGUGGCGAGGUCCUAGAUAUAAAGCUGUCCUAAAGGAAGCAUGUCACUGCCAGACAUCUAAAGUCAACUUCAGGUUAGAUAUUUCUUUUUGAAGCCGACAUCUUUUUGGUUUUUAACUUCUUGGUGUUCUGGCUUUUGUAUUUAGGAAUGCUUCUUUAUAAGAACAUAGAAUAGGGUAAAAUGGUAAAGGCUAGUUUUAAAGA